AUGGCAUUAAAACGACCACCGGAGGUCGACCUAGUUGCCCUCCCGACGGCCCCUUCACCUUCGUUACCUACUGCCGCAGCUACAAACGACGAUGAAAUCGUUGAACUCUCGUUACCCAAGAAACCGCGGAUGCAAUUCAAUCGCGAAGAAUUCAAGAUUAACCCGGACGGUGUUCUAGCAGGAGCCAAUGAUCUAAGGAACAGGCUAGCUUCAUUCUUACCGUCGCUCAAAGCCGCCGAUGAACAACUCGAAAGAGAAAAACUCGCUGGAAGGAUAGCGGAUCGCAGAAUUGAGAUCGAUAGCGAUAGCGAUAGUAGCGACAGCAGUUCUUCCGAAGAAGAAUCGGAUAGUGAAGAUAACGACGACGACGACAAUAUGUCGGAUGACGACGUAUCCGCACCGACUUCAUUACCACCGAAUACUAUGGCGGAGGUUUUGAUCACAAACCUAUUGAGUCCGCAAAAGAUAUCCGCCGAAGAUGGGGAUGGUGCGAAUGUAUCAUCAUCGUCAUUAUCACCUAAAAAGUUGAAAAAGCGGAAUAAGAAUAAACAACCUUAUAUUGAGAUGAAUCUUGGUUUAGGAGUCCUCGAAGAACUAAAACCUUCAUCUGGUAACGAUGAUAAAGAAACUAAUGAACGAAGGGAGUUGAUUGACCGUAUCUAUGAAUUACGGAGGCUUCAGGAAGCAAGAGAAGAAAAUAGCGAUGGUGAUCGGAUGGAUGAGAUGGUUAUUACUGAGGACGCAAAGAAGAAGGUUAUCAUUGAAGAGUUAGAGUGA